CUGAACCACCCAAUUAAAAAAGCAGUUGGGGUUGGGGCUUUUCAAUUUCCAAUUUCAAACCCUUCCUUCUUCUUCUACACUGGUGGUUCUUUUUUUGCACCACCACAGGCACCACCGCCAAUUUCAUUUGCUGUUUCGAAACCAACCCAUAAUCACAAUGUCAACCAAAUCUGUAAAACCCACAAAACCCCCAGUAACACCAUCUCCACCUUCUUCAAGAUCAUCUUCACUAUCUGCUCAUCUCGCCAUGGUUGAACUCAGACAAAGAAUCUUGACAUCACUCUCCAGACUCUCGGACCGAGACACCCACCAGAUCGCCGUCGAAGACCUCGAAACCAUCAUUCAAAUCCUCUCACCUGACGGCAUAUCAAUGAUCCUCAACUCCCUCUACGACGCCACCAACGACACCACCACCAACAAACCCGCCGUAAAGAAAGAAGCAAUCAGACUCCUUUCCUUCCUCUGCGCCACCCACACCGAAUCAGCUGCCAGCCAUUUGACAAAAAUUAUAGCCCACAUUGUCAAGAGGCUUAAAGAUUCCGAUUCCGGUGUUAAAGAUUCGUGUCGUGAAUCAAUUGGACAUCUUUCUUUUCUGUAUUUGAAGGGUGAGAGAGGUGAUAAUAAUAUGGGGUCUGUGGUUUCGUUGUUUGUGAAGCCUUUGUUUGAAGCUAUGAAUGAACAGAACAAAGCUGUACAAGCUGGUGCAGCAUCGUGUAUGGCUAAGAUGGUGGAAAUGGCUUGUGAUCCACCGGUCUUGACUUUUCAAAAGCUUUGUAGUAGGAUCUGCAAGUUCCUUAAUAGUCCUAAUUUCUUGGCAAAUUCUGCCCUUUUGCCUGUGGUUUCAAGGCUUUCUCAGGUUGGUGCUAUUUCUCCACAAGCUUUGGAGCCACUGCUUCAAAGCAUUCAUGAAUGUCUUAGUAGCUCUGACUGGUCAACUCGAAAGGCAGCUGCUGACACUUUAAUUGUAUUGGCUUUGCAUUCAAGUAACUUGAUUAAAGAAAAACCAACUUCUACGAUAACAAUACUUGAAGCAAUCCGCUUUGAUAAGAUAAAACCUGUUAGAGAUAGCAUAACGGAAGCACUGCAACUAUGGAAUCAAAUUGCAGAAAGCUGUGAAGAUCAAAAAACACCUGGUCAUGGUGAAGAUUCUCAAGUACAAUCCAAGUCGUCAAGAAAGGAGCUUCCAAAAUUGGAUGCUAAAACAACAGAGACCCCACCAAAGAAUGGUGAAACAAAAUCUCAAAAUGUAUCCGAAAAGACAACUGGGACAAAAAAGAAGCCACCUCCUUUAAGUGAUAAGGAACUGAACCCUGAGUUCUUUCAAAGACUUGAAACUAGGGUUUCAGGUGAAGUCGAAGUCGUUCUCCCCCGUAGACUCCUCAAAUCUUCAAAUACACAAAACGAAGAGGAACCAGACAUCAAUGCAGAGUCAAAGUCAAAAGAGGAACCGGUCAACUUGCAAAAACAAGGUGGUGAUCCGUCUUCUAGAAAGCGAGAAUUAGAGAGUAAAGGAAAUUUGUUGGGCAUCCAAAGACAGUUACUUCAACUGGAGAGACAACAAGCUUAUAUCAUGAACAUGUUGCAGGAUUUCAAAGGUGGAUCACAUGAUGGUAUGGUGACUUUAGAGAACAGAGUGUGGGGCCUAGAGAGAGUUGUUGAAGACAUGUCACGCAGUUUAUCAUCAGUGUCAAUGUAUAGUCAAAGAGGCAGUAGUAGUAAUCAUAUGGUAGGAAAGUACAAUCACAAUGGGUUCUCUGAAUACCCUAACAUGGGUUCAAGUAUGAGUGGUAGGGGAUAUAAUUAUAAACAUAUGCAAAUAGGGUUAAGAAAAGGGGUGGAUAGGGAUAAUAGGUUGCCUAAAGGGGCUGGACCUGGUCCUUCAGCAAGAGGCGUUUGGCAAGCUUCAAAAGAUGAAGCCACUUUGGAAGCAAUUAGAGGGGUUGCAACUGCACCUGAUCAUGAGAAAAAGAAUGCUGUUUUGAAUGCUUGGAGAAAUGCAAUGGAUGGAGUUUGUGAAGGUGACAUGGAUGUGGCGUUUGGUGAGGUUUUGUCUACUGGUGAUGAUCUUUUGCUUGUGAAGCUAAUGGACAAGACGGGGCCCGUGGUUGACCAGCUGUCAGGUGAUGUGGCAAGUGAAGUUUUGCAUGCGGUUGCUCAAUUCCUUUUGGAACCUACCUUGUUUGACAUCUGUUUGUCGUGGAUUCAACAGAUGCUGGAUACAAUUGUAGAGAAUGGAAAUGAUGUGAUAGGAAUUCGUAUGGAAGUGAAAAGGGAGAUUUUGGUGAAUUUGAAUGAAGCUUCGACAACUAUUGACCCUCCACAGGACUGGGAAGGUCUCUUGGUUGUUUACAUCGGAAUAUAG